UUUUUUUUUUAUCUUGCUUUCUCUUUAAUUACUACCUUUUGUUUUAAAAGAAAAAAAAAUUUUUUUUUCUUUUUUAACCGACAAAAAAACACAUUUAUCUUACCUUUUUUUUUGUUUUCGCUCUAUCCUAUCUUUUCAUAUUACAUUAAUAUAUUAUAUUAAAGAUGCCUGCCACUGCUGCUGCUCAAAAAAAUACUAAGAGCGAUAUUCAAUCUAAAAAGAUGAAUGUUGUUGUCCAUCAAGCUGAUUCUAAGGUAGCUAAGGAAAUCGUUGCUAAGCUUUCUUCUGAUGCUGAUCGUGAGUCUGCUGCCGAAGAACUUGCUGCUUUUGUUCAAUCCAACGGUGUCCUUUCCCUUGUUAAGUGCAAUAUCACCACAGCUCUUGCUAAGGAAUUCGGUAACAAGAAGAAUGCUGGUGCUCGUCAAGGUGCUGUUGCUGCUUUUGCUGCUUUGACUAACAAUUCUCUUGAAGGUCAAGUUGAACCUUUCAUCUUACCUUUCUUAUCUAACUUGUUGGAACUUCAAGCCGAUAAGCAAGUUGCAGUCAAGAAUGCUGCUCUCGAAGCUGCUAAAAAUUUCAUCGCUAAAAUGAACCCUUACGCUUGUCCUCUUACUAUCCCUUCUAUUCUUGAAGGUCUUGGUAAUUCUUGCAAAUGGCAAACAAAGAUGCUUGCUCUUGAACUCUUGGUCAAUAUGACCGAAUUACACCCCAAGGAAUUCUUUGUUGCUAUCCCUGAUGUCAUCCCUGUUGUUUCUGAUUGUAUGUGGGAUACUAAGACUGACGUCAAGAAACAAGCUACUGAAACCAUGGCUGCUAUUUGUAAACUCAUUGAAAACAAGGAUAUUGAACGUUUUAUUCCUGCUGUCAUCACUUGUAUCAAUCAUCCUGAGAAUGUUCCUGAAACUAUUCACUUGCUUGGUGCUACUACUUUCGUUCAAGAAGUUGACUCUGCUACUCUCUCUAUCAUGGUCCCUCUCUUGAACCGUGGUUUGAAUGAACGUGCUACUCCUAUCAAGCGUAAGUCUGCUUUGAUUAUUGACAAUAUGUCUAAGCUUGUCGAUGAUCCCGAUGUUGCUGCUCCUUUCUUGCCUCUUCUUUUACCUGCUCUUGAAAAGGUACAAGAUGUUGUUGCUGAUCCUGAAUGUCGUGGUGUCGUCCAAAAGGCUUUGGCUACCCUUCAACGUGUUGGUAACCCUGCUACUGAAGUCUUCACAAAGGUUCAAAAGCAAGAAAAGGUCGAAAAAUCUAUCAAGGAACUCUUACCUACUGAUCUUGAUGCUGCUUUUACCCCUACCGUCAAGUACAUGAAUGACGUUGCUCUUAACCUUUGUGUUGCUAAAAACUUCUUCAAGAACGUUUGGGUUGCCUCUCUCGCUCCUUAUGCCAAGUCCUUCUAUGUUGCUGCUGAUGCUGAGAAUCUUGCCUUUGCUGCCUUGAACAAGUGUGAGGAAGCUGUUACACCCAAGGAUCCUGAGGAGGAAGAUGAUGAAGGUGAAGAUCUCUGUAACUGUGAGUUCUCCCUUGCUUAUGGUGCCAAGAUCUUAUUGAACCGUACUGCUCUUCGUCUUAAGCGUGGUCGUCGUUAUGGUCUCUGUGGUGCUAACGGUUGUGGUAAGUCUACCUUGAUGCGUGCUAUUGCUAAUGAACAAGUUGAAGGCUUCCCCCCUCGUUCUGAACUUAAGACCGUCUACGUCGAACACGAUAUUGAUGGUUCUGAAGCUGAUACUCCUCUUGUUGACUUCAUUUUGGCCUCUGAUGGUGUUGAAACAAAGGAUCGUGAAGAAGUUCGUAAGAUUCUUUUGGACUAUGGUUUCACUGAACAAAUGGUUACCAAGAUGGCUAUUGGUGAACUCUCUGGUGGUUGGAAGAUGAAGCUCGCUCUUGCUCGUGCCAUGUUGAUGAAUGCUGAUAUUCUCUUGUUGGACGAACCUACUAAUCACUUGGAUGUUGUUAACGUUGCUUGGUUGGAGAAUUACCUCUUGGGUCUCAAGACUGUCACCUCUAUCAUUGUCUCUCACGAUUCUGGUUUCUUGGAUCAUGUUUGUUCUGAUAUCAUUCACUAUGAGCCCAACUAUAAGCUUAAGCGUUAUAAGGGUAACUUGUCUGAAUUCGUCAAGAAGGUUCCUCGUGCCGCUUCUUACUACUCCCUUGAAGCCACUCAAAUCUCCUUCAAGUUCCCUGAACCUGGUUUCCUUGAAGGUAUCAAGACUAAGGAACGUGCUAUCUUGAAGAUGAAGAACGUUGACUUCCAAUACCCCGGUACUGAUCGUAAGCAAUUGAUUGAUAUCUCCAUGCAAUGUUCUCUUGCCUCUCGUGUUGCCGUCAUCGGCCCCAAUGGUGCUGGUAAGUCUACAUUGAUCAAAUUGUUGACGGGUGAAAUUGAAUCAGAAAUUGGUACUGUUUGGAAGCAUCCUAACUUGCGUAUUGCCUAUGUUGCUCAACAUGCCUUCCACCAUAUUGAGAAGCACUUGGACAGUACUCCCAAUGAAUACAUUCAAUGGCGUUAUGCUACUGGUGAAGAUCGUGAAGAACUUGACAAAAACGACCGUAUGAAUGCUGAUACUAAUAAGAAGUUGGCUGAACAAGUUUUCAUCAUUGAUGGUGAGAAGCGUAUCGUCGAAGCCCUUGUCGGUCGUCGUAAGCUUAAGCAAUCCUAUGAAUACGAAGUCUCUUGGGUCGGUCGUUCCUCUGUUGAUAACACCUGGAUCUCUCGUCAAAAGCUUGAAGACAUGGGUUUCGGUAAGAAGAUUGCUGAAGUUGACUCUGCUGAAGCUGCCAAGAUGGGUCUUAACCGUCCCUUGACCUCCAAGGAAAUUGAAAAGCAUUUGGCUGAAAUAGGUCUUGAACCCGAAUUUGCUACUCACUCUCGUAUUCGUGGUCUCUCUGGUGGUCAAAAGGUCAAGUUGGUCAUCGGUGCUGCCAUGUGGAACAAGCCUCACAUGUUGGUUCUUGACGAACCUACUAAUUACUUGGAUCGUGAAUCUCUUGGUGCACUUGCUCAAGCUAUCAAGGAAUACGGUGGUGGUGUUGUGAUUGUUACUCACAACCGUGAAUUCUCUGAAGCUCUUUGUACUGAAGUUUGGAAGGUUGACAAUGGUCGUUUAACUCCUUCUGGUCACAACUGGGUUUCUGGUAACGGUACUACUGUUAUUAAGGAACAAGAAGCUGAAGAUAUGGUUGAUGCUCAAGGUAACACCGUUAAGGCUGUUGAAAAGAAGAAGAAGUUAACUUCCAAGGAACUUCGUAAGAAGAAGAAGGAGCGUAUGGAACGUCGUAAGCGUGGUGAAGAAGUCUACACAACUGAUGAAGAAUUGUAA